AUGUUCCGAGUACGCCGAUUUUGGGUCUUUUGCUGCCUUCUCGGUGCAUUUUUCAUUUUGGCGCAGCUCUACUUACUUCUACCUCCCACCGUACGCACUGACAACCUGACCGAAGUGUGGGUCUAUAACCAGUUGCUGUUAAAGACAAGAGUUCCUGUGCUGCAGAGUGAAGAUACUGUGGAGUUGCGCAAUUCCGAACUGCUUGCCAUUCAUAGAUCCUUGAAGAAUGAGGUCCUUCUGCUUGAACAAAAGCGCAGAUCAUUGGUUGAGGCUAAGUACCAGCUGGAAACUCAAAUUUGGAAUCUACGUAAUAGUGUUCAACAGAGUUCAAAGACCCUUCUUAGGCUGGAGGCGACAGUUGCUUCCUUCCAAAAAACUGUCAACCAUCAGGAAAAUGAGCGCGCAAACGCUGAGCGUCUACGCGAGUCUCAUCUCCGGCUCCCAUCAGCCUUCCUUCCCCUUCCACGGUCGUCAGAAUCCAAUCAGGCGACAUCUACUCUCUGUACCAUGAACUCUUGUUUCACAUACCAGUCCUGUGGUCUGAAUAGUCCCUUCCUUCGCGUCUGUACCACAGAACCCGACUCCCCUUCCCUGUCUACGCACGCUAAGGCGUGGAAAGCAGCUUUGCUCGCGUCACCACAUUUUACCUCAUCUUGUGAACACGCCUGCGUGAGAGUGCAUUUUGAAGCCGCGCAGGCCCUUGCCUGUGCGAAUGCUUCGUUGCCAGAACAAUCCUGUCUCCUCGUCGCCGACAACCUGGAUCCUCGUAUUUUGUCCACACAAUUUCCCCUUCUUUUGGCCUCAUCGAAUUUUACAGCCGCCUCUUUUCGCGCAUACUUCGACUUCCUUACGGCCGCCACACCGGACAUGCAUUUCUCAACUUCGUCUCCCCUGCUUACAUCCCGACGUCUGCUUCUACUGGCGGCAUCCGUCGGUGUGCGUGGUCAACAUGACAAUCCCUACAAGGAU